AAAACGUAAAUUUUUUGUCAACUUCUGGCAUGAGAACUAUCAAUUGUACAUUUGUACGGCCCUGAUUUGUGAUUUAUUUCGUACUGUAUCUGUAUGUUGAAAUAAUACAAAAAAUAAUUUUGACAUAAUUCAGAGCCGUGUUUUCUAGUGUUUUAUAUAAUGAAUAUAUUUUUACGGCGUUAUUUGUGAUUUCUUCUCCGUUAUCUUGGCCUUGAAGUGACAACAUGGAGCAGGCACCAGCUCAACAAGAGGUGCGCAUCGCUGCUGGCUCCAGCAAUGCUGCUGGGGGCACUCCCGCGUCUGCCCCCGCUCCUGCCCAGCAAGAGGGAGCCAAGAGCAGGAAACCUGCCAAUACGCGAUUCAAGCAGCAGCAGUUACCCGCGUGGCAGCCUAUGUUGACUGCGCGAUCAGUCUUGCCUUUUCUCGUUGCCAUUGGUUUGGCCUUCAUUCCCAUCGGUAUCGCGCUAUACCUUUCCGCCAGUAAUGUUGUAGAGGUGAUUACAGAGUACACCGACUGCAUGGCACCGAAUAAGGAACCGUGCUCCAACGAGACUUACAUCCAGCCAAACUGCGUCUGUGAAAUGCAUGUUUAUUUGGAUCGCCAUAUGGGGGGUCCCGUAUUUAUGUACUAUGCUAUGGAAAACUUUUUCCAAAAUCAUCGAAAAUAUGUAAAAUCGCGGGAUGAUAAUCAGCUGAUGGGCGAAUGGAACGAUCCGAACUCUGGAAAACUGCCCAGUACAGAUUGUGCGCCGUUCGACAAAAUCGGCUCAGAGGGAAAUUAUCAAGCAUACCUACCUUGCGGAGCCAUCGCAAACAGCCUUUUUAACGACAGUAUCCAGUUAUUCUAUUCGGCUAAUAAUACCAAAAUACCUGUUCACCUGGAGAAAACGGAUAUCGCAUGGAACUCCGACCGUAGAGUCAAAUUUCAAAAUCCGAAUGUUACCGACAAGACAUUAAAAGAAAUUAUGGAGUCUAGAAAGUUAAUCAGUCCAAAGAACUGGCAAGUUCCCUUAUGGAAUCUGGAUAAUCAGACCAAUUCGAAUAAUGGGCUGCAAAACGAAGAUUUGAUCGUCUGGAUGCGCACGGCAGCUUUUCCUUCGUUUCGAAAGCUGUAUCGGCGAAUAAACCAUACCGACGAACAGUUCAAAGACGGGUUAAAGCCGGGAAACUAUACUUUCCUCAUCAAUUACAAUUAUCCAGUGAAAGGAUUUGAAGGAAAGAAGUUCGUCGUCCUGUCGUCUGUUUCGUGGAUUGGUGGAAGAAAUAUUUUCCUUGGCGUUGCAUACAUGACCGUUGGAUCCAUUUGCAUCGUUUUGGCACUUGUGUUCUUCCUCAUACACAUCAAAUUCGGAAAGAAAUGUCGAGAUUACGACAACUGUCGGUGUUUGUAUCACAAUGUGAAUAAUAUCUGGUUGCCGGAGAGCGGAUGUCUGUACGACUAUGAAGCGUCGCGAAUGUCCAUGAUGUCAGAUAUUGCACGAGAAUUCACGGUGUACGAUGAUACAAAAACCAAAGGACCCACUGAAGUGUCGGUGGGGAAACAGAACAACUACACUGGCGCCAGUAAAUACAAACAACUGCAAAAUCAGAUCGAAGAAACUGGACACGAAAAUAACAGUGCGAAUGGUGUUGUACAUGGCGAAAGCGAAAUUGAGACGCUACAGCUGAAUUUGUUGCACGAAGCAGGAAAGGAAGGCGAUGAGCAGUUUCAGAAAAGUGGCGGAGAUGGCCAACAGACAGCUGAUGACAAGCUCGACGUCGCGGUGCUGCGUGAGACCGCCAGCCAGAACGAAAUCCGUGCCCGGAAACGGAUGACCUUACCAUUAGUUACCAAUGGCCAGCCGGUGUUAGUUGAUUAAAACAACAGUAAUGGUACGUAAUUAAUACUAUUAGCACAAUAGAUUAAAGCCAGUUGUGAUACUACACUUUUUUAAACCUGUGUAAUCUGUGCAUCUUUGCAAAAAAUGCUACGAAAGACAGCUUGUCCUGUGAUACUUGAGAUGUGUUUUUAUGAAAAUUAUGUGGAGAUUGUAGUAUUGCCAUGAACCUGUCGGUAAGCAUUUUGUUCUGCUUUCCAUGCGUGUUUUCUCAGUUCGCGGGAAUUAAUUUAUGUGUGCAACCGCAUUACCUUUGCCGCGAAUAUG